AUGAACGUCACUUCUACAACAUCGCCAUCGAUGAUCACUUCGAAACAGACUCCAGCGUCGUCGUCAUCAACCACAUUAAAAACAGCACCACAACCACCGAACAAAAAUGAUAACGACAAGCAUGACAACAUCUUCACUUCAAAGUAUCCUCCAACAGGCAUGGAUACAAAUGUUGAGAUACGACCAUGGAAUUCAACGGUUGGCAUCCAGCAGCACUCAAGAACAGCCUCCACACUACUGACCACCAUCACUGAUGACAACCACGUGAAGUUCUCAGUAAGGUUGGAUUGGAUUCUAGCUCUCGGACUGUCCAUCUCUAUCAUCGUCAUACUCAUCAUCAUCAUCAUCCUUCUUCUUACAUACAAAAAAAUGUCGAAAGCAUCAAAAUAUCGGAUAUAUUCAAGUUCCAGAACAAAGAACAUUUGGUCCACUGAUGUCCAAAACAGUUCAUCGUCAGAAGCAGAACAACAAUACUCCAAAAAUGGACUGAUGUACAAACAAGCGUCUGGGUCCUGGAUCAAAGACUACCUGACGCCUUUCAUGAAGCAACUUAAGUACAACACAAUUCAGCCGUCAGUCACAUUUUCUACGUCUGCAACCUCGUUUACAACAAACACUGCAACCAAUGCAGCUAAGGCAGCACCUACAAAGUUUCCAACAAAAAGCUCAACGCUGCCUACUGUUUUGCAGCCGAUGGCCGUCAAUAAAAAAGAUGGCAAACAUAGUAAAGCAAAGAAUAAAAAAAAGGAAAAAGAAAAUGAUUUUACAGAAGAAGCAGGCAGUAAGAAUACUGGGGAUCGUACGAGAAGAGAAAUGAAGAGGAUGAAAAGGAAAUCAUCACUGCUACCACUGAAUGAAGUCUAUCCCAUGAACAACUUUUAUUACGAUAGCCUACGCGAUCAGAAUGUUGAGAAUUUGGUUAAUGAGAGAAAUUCGCAUCUUUUUGAAAUCAUUUCGAGUCAUAAUUAA